AUGUACCUAUUCAUUUUCAGCCUAUUUCUACUUAAAAAUUCAGCGCAAGAGAAGUUUCCAGGAGCCUCUCAAAACAUUCCAAUGAAAAUCCUAUAUAAGACCUUGUUUUCAGAUUAUAUGAAGGAAAUCCGUCCAGUUCACAAUGAUUCUCAAACAAUGCAUGUUCAAGUCAAAUUUUGGCUGAAGCAGAUUUUGAAGGUUGACGAAAGAGAUCAAAUUGUUAAUAUUUACUGUUGGCUGGAAUUGUAUUGGAAGGAUGAGCUGCUCACAUGGGAUCCAAGACAGUAUGGGAACUUGACCAGGAUUCACGUGCCAGCCGACAAAAUUUGGAAACCUGAUGUUCUUGUAUACAAUAAUGCGAAUAUGAAUGUGGAAGAGAAUGAAAUGGAAACAAAUGCGAUCAUUGAUUAUCAAGGAAAUGUGAUGUUGUUCCGUUCGAUGAUCACCGAUAUUAGCUGCAAUCUUAAUCUUCAACAAUUUCCGUUCGAUCAGCAAGUGUGUUAUGUAACAUUUGCCUCUUGGAGUAUGGAUGGAAGCAAAUUAAGCCUUUCACCAACACCAAAAACCGACAAUUUGGAACUUUAUAUACGGAAUACUGAAUGGUCGCUAACAGAUUUUAGAGUGAAACUUUAUGAGAAAGUCUACGAUUGCUGCCCGCAUCCAUUUCCCGACAUCACCUAUUUUAUGGUCUUACAGCGAAGCCCCUCAUACUACAUUUUCAGUCUCGUAAUUCCAUCUGCAUUUAUCACCGUUGUUACUAUUGUGGGAUUCUUUACGCCUCACUCAACUACUGGUGAAAACACGGAAAAAGUCUCGCUUGGUGUCACCGCCUUACUGUCAAUGGCAAUUAUUAUGAUGAUGGUCUCUGACGAGGUUCCAGCAACGUCCGAAGUGAUCCCCUUAAUUGGAAAAUACUACAUUGGCCUAAUAUUUCUGAUAUUUAUGGCCGCGUUCACAACAACACUCACACUUUCCUACCAGAUGCGCGGCAAUUCUGGUCAGGAGGUUGAUCCGCGAAUUCGCGACUUCUUUUUUUAUUCGAUUGCCGCCAACUCACUCAUCUCCUGGGCAUUCUCUUUUCAAUUACCCAAAAAAUUGUUAAGAUCCGACAAUCGAAAACAUUCAUUGUUCUAUGCCAAUCAUACAAACGGGUUCUUCAAAAGCGGUGUAGAUCAAAACGAAAUCCGGCGUUCCGCUCAUAUUGUGCGAAUGGAAGAAAUCACUGGAAGCGUCAAAUCUUAUACGAUGUCAACGGAAGGCACACCUCAUCCACCAGGGACGACGAAUCAACUGACAGCUAGCCUUCUUCAAAUCCGUCUCAUUCUGGAUGAUCUUAAAACUUCGAUUCAAGCAGAACGUGAGCUGAAACGGAUCAAGUUCGAAUGGCAACAAGUCACACGUCUAAUCGAUCGCUGCAUUAUGUUCGGUUAUAUCAUCAUAACAAUUAUUUUCGCUCUGGUAAUGCUCGGAUCCCGUGAUUCAACGAUCCGACUAACCGACUCCAUAAUGGAUGCCGCUAAAGAAAUCUAA